AUGUGCGAAACAAAUAUUGAGGAUGACAGCUGUAAAUACGACAAUCACAACAGUGAUGAGAACAGUAGCAGAUGCGUUAAAGCUAGACGGAGACGGAAAAGUUCAAGUAACUUGAAUGUCAUCAUUGGAAAAGACACAGUGAAGAUGGUAAGACUUGGUCAGCAGUGCAUGGAAAGGGUUGCUGCAGUUGUUACUCAGAUUGAUGCACAGAGCAGUUCAUUAGAUAGUAUACAGAUAAAACCAUCAUAUAAACCCAGUGGUACCAAGUCUGAACCUUGUACUCCAUCAGAUCAGUUCCAGUCUUCUAAAUGUAAUGUGUUUCCUGAUAGUGUUCUUAUUCCUAAGGAACAGUCUCCACUAGAGUUAGCCUACAAACAGAACCAACAAUUAAUGAUGGCCUACAAGGCAAGGUUGGCUAGACUGGACCCCAAGAGAAGAACAGCUACAGAUUAUAGUUUGACAGUUCAAAGGAAAAUGGCAGAAAAUUUAGCAGUUGCAAAAGUACAAGAAGAAGCACUGAAGAAGAAAAUGAAUGAAAGACAACAAAGAUUAGAAGAACAAGCUGCAAGGAGAUUUGGAACACCAACAGGGCUAACAGAUGAUGAUAAAGAACAAAGAUUAAUCUACAAAAAAGUCCUGGAAUUUGAACAAGAGCAUCUGUCUUUUAAUAGUUGGAGGAAAAAGCUUGAGGAAAAACCAGAUGAUUCAGAACUUAUAAAUAAAUUGAUACAAGAAAUAACAAGAUCUAAUGAGCAUCCAUUAACACUGAAGAUGAAGUCGCUACAGAAAAGACUGUAUGAUAAGUUACAACACAUUGUCAAUGAGAAAAUUAAUAUUGUUGAUCAAAUUAAAGUUCCAUUGUCAAAGUCAUUGUAUCCUACACAUCAUUGGGACAAAAGCAAAGAGCAGGAUAACAGUAGUGAAGAUUCCAAAGGUACUAGUUUAAAAAGGGAAGGUAAGGUAAAGGGUCAUGAAAAUGAAAGUGAAAGUAGAACUGAUGAUGAAAAUAACAGUACAGAUGAUAAAUGCCAAAGUGAAAAUAAGACAGAUACGGUAAAGAAUGAUGAAGGGAAAGAUAAACAUUUUCAACAGGAGAUGGACAAUGAAGUAGAAAAUAAGGAAGAUAUUAAAGAAGAAAAUUUAGAUGAAGAUGAAAACAGGGAUAAAUGGGAACCAAAUUUUACUGCAGAAAUAAGUGACAUUUCUGAAGUACAAACUGAAGUCAAAAAAGAUUUGGAAAAAGCAACUAACAUGGGUGGGAAAGAGAGAGAUAAAUUGAGGGACAGUAUCAGAGAAACAAAAGGCAUUCUUCAUCAAAUUUCACAAGAAUAUGACCAAUAUAAUCAAGAUAAUAUGGAUGAAUUAUUUGAUGAUGAAAAUUCUGAUGAAAGUACAGAGGAUUCAAAAGUUGGUGAAAUGACAGAUGAGAAAAAUAUUGAAAUUGAUGAAGAAGAUCAGAAACCUUUGAAAUCAUCUGCAUCUUUGUCAGAUUUAAAGUCGAUAGAAAUGAAAAUUAAAAAUCUUAAAAACGAGGCCUAUCAGCGACAUAUUAAAGCAAUAUCACAGGAUAUUCACAUGUACCUUGAGAAGAUGUUAGUGUUGUUUACAAUCUGUUAUGAACAAUUAGACUGCAUUGAAGGCAAGGACCAAUGUUAUGCUUGUUUAGAGAAAUCCAUAUUUAAACCAGUCUGGAGAUAUUUAUUGGGACUUUUCAGAUUAGCUAAUGAACCAAAAGAGUUGACCUUAGCCUAUGUGAUGACAGAGAGACAGACAUGUUUACCAGCGGACUGUAGUGUCAAACUAAAGCUUCAGAUGACAGAUUGUGAGGAACCAUAUAAUAUUGCAGUGACACAUCUAAAAAUGUUUCCAAAUCAGCAGACACUCCUGGAUAAACUGGAAUGUUUAGUAAAGUGUUCCAGAUUAGUGUGUCAGUGUAUUGAAGAUUACUUUAAAAAUCAGAAAAUUCCUUCUAUUGGAGCUGAUGAUUUGUUACCUAUCCUGUGUUACGUUAUCAUCAAGGCUGGACAACCACAGAUCUUGUCUGAAUGUCUGAUUCUGGAGGAGUUUAUUCAUGAAGGGUACAUAAUGGGUGAAGAAGGAUAUUGUUUGACAUCCAUACAGACAGCAGUAGGUUAUCUGGUAUCCCAGGGAAUGGCUGCAUAAGACUUGAGACCAGCUUAUUCAAUGAUAUAGGUUGUUAUUACCUCCCCUGAUAAAGUGAAAUAUAAUGUGAAGAAGUUAUCAGUUGUAGGUGGUAGGACUGUGAUAUAAAGAUGCAAUGUUGUUUAACAGUGAAUGAUUCCAUUUUAAUGGUGUAGUUGAAGUUUGUUUUUAUGUGAUUUUGAUAUCAUUUACAAAUAAUUUAAGAUAUGUGCCAUUUCUUUAAAGGAAUAUGAAUUAUGUAUAUA